AUGGCAGCUGCGGACGAGCCGAAGCCCAAAACUCUCAAGGUGGAAGCGCUGAGUGAAAAUGUGCUGUUUGGAAUGGGAAAUCCUCUUCUUGACAUCUCUGCUGUAGUAGACAAAGAUUUCCUUGAUAAGUAUUCUCUGAAACCAAAUGACCAGAUCUUGGCUGAAGACAAGCACAAGGAAUUGUUUGAUGAACUUGUAAAAAAAUUCAACGUUGAAUAUCAUGCUGGUGGCUCUAUGCAGAAUUCAAUGAAAGUGGCUCAGUGGAUGAUUCAGGAGCCACACAGAGCAGCAACAUUCUUUGGAUGCAUUGGGAUAGAUAAGUUUGGGGAGAUCCUGACACGUACAGCUGCUGACGCACAUGUGGAUGCUCAUUACUACGAGCAGAAUGAGCAGCCAACGGGAACGUGUGCUGCGUGCAUCACUGGUGGCAACAGGUCCCUUGUUGCUAACCUUGCUGCCGCCAAUUGUUAUAAGAAGGAAAAGCACCUUGAUCUGGAGAGAAACUGGAUGCUGGUAGAAAAAGCCAGAGUUUACUACAUAGCUGGCUUCUUUCUCACAGCCUCCCCAGAGUCGGUAUUGAAAGUGGCUCGCUAUGCUGCCGAGAACAACAGGGUCUUCACUUUGAACCUGUCUGCACCAUUCAUUAGCCAGUUCUUCAAGGAAGCCUUGAUGGAAGUCAUGCCUUAUGUUGACAUCCUCUUUGGAAAUGAGACGGAAGCUGCCACUUUUGCUAGAGAGCAAGGCUUUGAGACUAAAGACAUUAAAGAAAUAGCCAAAAAGGCGCAGGCUCUUCCAAAGAUGAGCUCGAAGAGGCAGAGGACCGUGAUCUUCACACAAGGGAGAGAUGACACCAUAGUGGCUGCAGAAAAUGAUGUCACUGCUUUUCCUGUCUUGGAUCAAAACCAGGAAGAGAUCAUUGAUACCAAUGGAGCUGGAGAUGCAUUUGUCAGAGGGUUUCUGUCUCAACUGGUCUCUGACAAGCCUCUGACUGAAUGCAUCCGUGCCGGCCACUAUGCAGCAAGCGUCAUAAUUAGGCGAACUGGCUGUACUUUUCCUGAGAAGCCAGACUUCCACUGAUGGAAGAAAGAAAA